AUGUCAGUUUGUGAAUGUGCACCCAAUCAUUUUUUGCUUGACGAAUCCCAUCCCCUAGCAAAGGAUCUGUAUGCGAAUGUCUUCAGUGAGGUUGCGCCAUCGUCUGGGCGAAACGUUACUCGUCUAUUUGACGUUAGCAGUGUGACGGAAAGACCCAUGUUAUUUCGGAAAGUAAUUGAAUUUCUCGCACAGCGUUACCGCGCUAUGGGCGAUGCCGGUCCUACACACAUUCUUGCUGUGGAGUCCCGCGGAUACCUCAUUGGCGCCCCGCUGGCGGUUGAACUUGGUCUUCCGCUUGUACUUGUGCGUGAGACGAAGCGAUUCCCUGCUUCCUUUGUGCGUGAGAGCCAGCAACUGAACGAGUUACCGCCUUCGCAGUCGAUUCGCAACGGCAGUGUUGGUAGCAACGCACGUGUGUUGAUUGUGGAAGACUUUGUGGGAUGUGGCCGCACGGCGGUGUCUGUGCUGCGACUUGCCGGCAUUGUUGGGGCGACGGUGGUGGAAAUGGCGGCGGUGUGCGACGCGGCGGCACUCAAAGGCGUUGAGGCCAUUCAUGCAGCUGACGGCGGGGCCUUCCGCAAAACGCCUAUUUUUACGCUUAUGCGAUUCCGCGCUGAUAAUAAUACACUGCGUGAGCAGAUGAUGGUGUACAACCCACACAUCACAGCUAGCAAACUGUGA